AUGGCCGAUGCCCUCGCCUCACAACUUAACAACACCACUCUUGGCGAUGGGAAGACAGAUAUCAGGCUGCAAGAUUCCCUCAAAUUACCCCCCAAAGAUGCUCGGCCACAAACUGAGGACGUCACCGCCACUAAAGGCCUCGAAUUUGAGGACUUUUACAUCAAGCGAGAACUCAUGAUGGGCAUUUUCGAAGCGGGCUUUGAGAAGCCCUCUCCCAUCCAGGAAGAGACGAUACCCGUUGCUCUCACAGGCCGAGACAUCUUGGCUCGCGCCAAGAACGGUACCGGCAAGACUGCUGCCUUUGUUAUUCCGACCCUCGAACGAAUCAACCCUAAAAGCACGAAGACCCAGGCUUUGAUCCUGGUCCCCACACGGGAGCUGGCUCUACAGACAUCCCAAGUUUGCAAGACACUCGGGAAACACCUCGGUAUCAAUGUCAUGGUCACAACUGGUGGAACUGGUCUGAUGGACGAUAUCAUCCGGUUAAGCGAUCCUGUUCAUAUCUUGGUUGGUACUCCUGGACGAGUGCUUGACUUAGCCAGCAAGGGUGUCGCCGACCUGUCCGAGUGUCCGACUUUCGUCAUGGAUGAGGCUGAUAAACUACUUUCUCCCGAGUUCACUCCCGUCAUCGAGCAGCUGUUGUCCUUCCAUCCCAAGGACCGCCAGGUCAUGCUUUUUAGUGCUACCUUUCCCCUCAUUGUCAAGUCUUUCAAGGACAAGCACAUGCGCAAUCCCUAUGAGAUUAACCUCAUGGACGAACUCACUCUUCGUGGUAUCACCCAGUACUACGCAUUCGUGGAGGAGAAGCAGAAAGUUCACUGCUUGAACACUCUAUUCUCAAAGCUUCAGAUCAACCAGUCUAUCAUAUUCUGCAAUUCUACCAACCGCGUUGAGCUCCUGGCCAAGAAGAUUACAGAGCUUGGCUACUCUUGCUUUUACUCCCACGCGCGCAUGCUUCAGCAGCACCGCAACCGGGUGUUUCAUGACUUCCGGAACGGUGUUUGCCGUAACUUGGUCUGCUCUGACUUGUUGACUCGUGGUAUCGAUAUCCAGGCAGUUAAUGUCGUGAUCAACUUCGAUUUCCCGAAGAACGCCGAAACUUAUCUACACCGUAUCGGCCGCUCGGGACGUUUUGGACACCUGGGUUUGGCGAUUAACCUCAUCAAUUGGGAGGACCGUUUCAAUUUAUACAAGAUUGAACAGGAACUGGGUACUGAAAUUCAGCCCAUCCCUCAGAACAUUGACAAGAAGCUCUACGUCUAUGAUUCCCCUGAGAACAUUCCGCGCCCUAUCUCUAACCCCCAGCCUCAACCUGGCAGCCAGCAACCAAACAGCGGCGACCGCCAGCCUCGUCGCCAAAACCACUAUUCCAAUGGUGGGCAAUACUAUAAUCGAGGCCGAGGCUCAUUUCGGGGUGGUCGUGGGCAAGGGCCUCGUCGUGGCCCGCCCAAUGAUCCUAGCCCGGUCUCUUAA